UAUCGAUGACUCGGCUAUCUACUCCUAUUUCUCAGGCUGAGUGGCAGCCCGGACUGGGACGACAGAGCAAUCGAUUCGGGAGUGACAGCCAUGGCGCCCGGAGAACUGACAGGGAGUCACUAUUGGAAGCGGCGGCUGUAGAAGAAGGAAUUGUAGCGGGCAGCGAGUGGAUACCAUACACCAGCAUGGCAUCAUUCGAUGAGCAGGGGGAAGUCAGAGAAGGGUUCCUUUGCCCUUUGUGCCUGAAAGAUCUUCAGUCUUUCUACCAGCUCCAGUCGCAUUAUGAAGAAGAGCACAGUGAGGACAGAGACGUAAAAGGGCAGCUGAAAAGCCUUGUACAAAUUGCCAAGAAAGCGAAAAACAAGUUGCUGAAGAGAGAUGGCGGCGAGCGAGCAGAAGGCGGUAGCCAAGAGCGGUAUGAGGCUUACAGCUAUGGAGGAGUGGAUCCUUGCAUGUGGGACCCUCAGGAGAUUGGUGCUAUGAGGAGUCAUCUGUCAAACUUCAAAAGGCAUCGGGCCGCCCGGAUUGAUCAUUAUGUAGUGGAAGUGAAUAAACUGAUUAUCCGGUUAGAAAAGCUGACAUCGUUUGACAGAGUGAAUACAGAAUCUGUUAAGAUAAGAGCCAUAGAGAAAUCAGUGGUUUCAUGGGUAAGUGACCAGGACGUGCCGUUUUGCCCAGAUUGUGGGAAUAAGUUCACCAUCCGGAACAGACGGCAUCAUUGUCGACUUUGUGGAUCCAUCAUGUGCAAGAGAUGUACAGAAUUGAUCACCCUCCCAUUUGCAAGCAAGCUGACCAGUGCCAGCAAACACUCACUGUCUGCACAUGGCAGCCCCAACUUGUCCCCCAGCAGCAGUGCCCAGACAUCCCGCAGGGGUAGCAUCAGUAGCCUCAGCAGUGUGAGCUCCGUGCUGGAGGAGAAGGACGAUGACAAGAUACGUUGCUGCCACCACUGCAAGGACACGUUGCUGAAACGCGAGCAGCAGCUGGAUGAGAAAGAGCAUACUCCUGAGAUUGUAAAGUACUACCAGAAACUUCGAAGCUGUAUGGAGAAGGUUGAUGAGAAAGCGCCCGAGUAUAUCAAAAUGGCUCAGUCUAUCAAUGCUGGGGAGACAACCUACAAUUUGGACCAUACCAAUAACCUGCGGGUUGAGUUGCAAAAAUACUACGAGUUAAUAGAUGCAUUAAGCAAGAAGAUUCUCACCCUUGGAAUGAAUGAAGAACCCAAGCCUCACCCUAAAACACAGCAGUUACAGAAGAUGGUGAGAUAUUCGGCCACCUUGUUUGUUCAGGAAAAAUUACUGGGCUUAAUGUCUUUGCCAACUAAAGAAAUAUACGAGGAGCUUAAACAGAAGCGGAGGCAAGAGAAUGAGCAGAAACUGCAGAGAGAGCGACAGGCUGAAGCACAGAAGGCCGGUGAUGACAAGAAAAGGGAUGUACGCAAUGGUGGUCUGUCUCCGAGUGGUCAGAUUCGCAAAGUUGAGGGCUGGCUUCCGACAUCCGGACACCCUCGAAACAGAGAGAUGUCAGACCCCCUUCUCCAGCAGAUUGAAAACAUCACAUCGUACAUCCGGCAAGCCAAAGAUGCUGGGCGAGUGGACGAGGUGCAGAUGCUGGAGGAUAACCUUAGACAACUGCAGGAGGAGUACGACGAGCAGCAGGUGGAAACAGCCAUCCAGAUGUCCAAGGUUCUGGCUGAGGAGGAGGCCAUGCAGAGGGAGCAGCUGGAAGUGCUGAGGAAAAGAGAGGUGAAACGCGAGCAACUCAAAGGCUUAGCUCAACACAACAGAACUCAUUCAUUGGAUUUUAGAGAGCAGGGACAGCCAAUGGGGUGGCAGGAAAAACAGACAGCAGCUCUGGACCUACAAUUUCCCAAACGUGACCUCAACGAAUCCCUUCCAUCCCAGCGUGUUACUGAAAGCAAACUGGAUGUGGAGGACUACCAUGUACUUCCAAAUCACUCCAUGACCACAACCCCUGUUUUGCCCAAAGUGGAGAAGAGUAAAGUUACACCCUCUAACCCUUUCGAAGAUGAGGAUGAUGAACCAGCACCUUUGCUUCCUCUCCACACACAUCACAAUGGUAGGAAGGAGUAUAAUCCCUUUGACGAGAAUGAUGAGAAUGGCUUGGAUAGUAAGGAAGAGGAUAAUAAACAUUUAACAGCCCCUGCCUCAAGCAAUCCCUUUGAAUGCUCCACAGACAGUAAUAGCGCAUCAGGUAUUUCCCAGAAUCCCUUUGAAACUGAUGAGGAUCAGAUCCCAGGAAACCCAUUUGAGGACAGUGAGGAGACCCAGGAUGAAGAGGUCAUAGAAGAAGAUCUGCUGCUGCAACAGAUUGAUAACAUCAAGGCGUACAUCUUUGAUGCCAAGCACAGUGGCCGGCUGGAUGAAGUAGAGGUUCUAACUGAGAAUCUGCGAGAACUGAAGAAGACACUUGCCAAACAGAAGGAGCAAAUUAAAUAACACAGAGUGGUGAGAAAAACACCUCCAUGGGGCCGAACAGCGGGUCAUGCUCAGAGUUCUGGAUCAUUUAAAACCUUUGCAGUCCUGGGCACUUGUAGCACCAAAAGGGUUAUGUGGUCAAGAUUGUGGCUUUUCAGUGCCCAUUCAGUUUUCAUUGUCACAUAUAGGCUUCCAAUUUGUUUCUUUUCAGUAGGCAGUAAAGUAUUGCAGCUUGGUUUGUUACAUGAUUUCAUUGGUUACAUCCACUUUUACAUAUGAAUGGGAGCUGCCAAUAUGCUUGUCCCAGCAUCUGUCCUCAGCUGAAAGCAGCAAUCUGACAGCUACCAUGUCUGUGUAAUAUAUACAGAGAUAGAAUGAUCUUUGCAAACAGUAUGGGAAGAUAAAUGCAAAGUCACUUAUAAAUAGGGUAUACCACCCUUUAAAGGGCAUUAUACCAUUAGGAGUAAGUGGUUAUUAUUUUCUCAGUCAUCCAAUGCAUUGCUUCAUGCUGUGAUGUGUAUGUGAUUGAUUGGGAGGGCCAUGCUGCCAUGAAAAACUCUAAAUAUCAGCCUUGGCCCCUUGUAUCAUAUCAGCUUAAAAAAGGGCUGUAGCCUAGACCAAUGUUUCUGUAAAAAAUACUUUUAUGCCUAUACAUAUGUUUUCCAUUAAUAAGGUUAGAUCUCAGAGCCACAGUCUGUCCUUAUUCCUUUGUGUAAGUAUAACAUAGUAAAUUCACACAGUGGGUCCAGUUUUAAAGUGGACAUAUACCCAACCCAUGUGACUAGAUAUGGAUGUAAAACCAAUUUAAUUUUUGUUGUUGGUUGGGGAUAGUUGCCCUUUAACAAACCCAUUAACAAGUGUUCAUGAAAGGAGCUCAUAAAACGCUAUUGGUCCCAGUUAACACUAACUAUGGACAACAUAUGUUUAAAAGGUAAAAAGGAAAUAGUGGUUUUAGUACAGGGUCAGGAUCUGUAAUUAUUUAGCACUUCAGGGCCAGUUUCAAGGGAAAGGACUGGCACGACAGAGACCAUAUUUUCUUAUCCUUUUACCUGUCAUUGAUCCAGGGCUCUGCCUCAUGGUAUGAUAACGUUGGCCACUUUAUUUAAUUGAAUUGGCCAUCACUCCGUAAAUGGGCUGAAAGCUAAGAAUGGAGUCCCACCUGUGAAUGUGUGACCUGGGGCGCUGCUCCCGCGUGUCCCCCUUGUGAGUUCAGAUUUGGCACAUGUGUAUUUAAGAACGUCUCACAGGGGAUGCCUGGGGCAAUAUGGUGGUGGCCCACUGUGCAGAUAUGAACCAGGGUGCUUUCUAAUGAAAUGGAGCAUCAACCUGGGGUUGGACAUAAGCGAUUUAGGUCACCGGGGGGGGGGGCAGUAACUAAUAAAUUGAUACCCCCUCAGUAACUUGAAAUUUCCGUAUUAGGACAAGUUUUUAGCUCUCUGACACUACUAUUUCUAGGGCUAAAAACAAAACCAUUAUACAUUUGCCCUUCCUUUAUCAUCUGACAUGUGACAGCAAAGGGAUUGAUUGAGGCAACCAAAUCCUUAAAUAUUGGCUGAACUGAAUAUUACCAAGUACAAAUCAUUCUUGGCCAAGUCCAAACUGAGUUCUGUUUUAUCUUUGAUUGUAUUUUGUAAAAACCACUUAUUCCAAGGCACAUAGGAACAAAUCUACAUGGAACAAAUACAGUGUGGGUGUAUGUGUGUUGGUGCGUGUGUGUAUGUGUGUUGGUGUGUGUACGCGUGUGUGCGCGGCAGUGCGCCAUAACCAAAAGCAGUAUUUGUACAAAGCAGAGUGAUAAGUGUGAGUUUUCUGAGAACAGUGUUUGCACUUUGUUAUUUAUACAAUGGCAACUGGGAGCUCCUACAGCUCUGACACUACAGGCCAACAUGGCCAGUGGCCAGGGGCAUAACUACAGACCUCUACAACUGAGGGGCACCCAUUAAGGACCCACAUUUACCCUGCUCCCUCCCUCCUGCUGGCCCCUGCACCUCCUGAUGUAUACAUGGAGAGGAGUGGGUUACAUGCAUUAUGGGGUGCACAGGCAAAUCAUUUGUCCCCUUGGGCACUGGGAGAAUGACAUUAAGCAUGUAUCAAGCUGCUUGUCCUUAGUUUUGUAUAACUGUUUGUUGGACAGUUUGCAUAAAGCCAGUGUUGUCACUGAUCCUGACUUGAUGUGGUUAAUAAGCUUAAUAUUACAUGCUUGGCGAUUGCAUUCGUUCUGAUUAUUCUGCCGUAUCUUCUCUGCUUUGAGAUGCUUUGCACUUACUAUACAGCCGGCUUCUCCCACCCUAAGGGUUAUACUUGGGCUAACAGCUCCCAACACUAAACCUCAUUAACCUGUUUCCCCAGAUAUUGUUGGACUAUAACUCACAGAAUGCUUUAACCCUUAAUUGUAUGCUGAAGAAUUCUAGGAGUUACAGUCCAGCAAUGUGCGACCCAAGGUUAAUAAAUGGGAGAAAGAUUCAAAUCCAACUGGUACCUCUGCUUAGUAGAUGCAAUGCAUGCCAGCCAUGGUGCCAGUGUGGAACCUUAAAUCAACUCCCAGAAUUCCUUUCUUUUAUACCCCCCAGUGCCAGCUGUGAUUGCUUGACAUGUUAUGCGCUUGUUAGCAGGAACUGAGCUGACUUUGUUCCCUUAAAAAUGUUUAUUUUCCUUAAUUCAGAUUCUAUUCAAGUAUUAUGAUUUAGUGUUAUGUCCAUGUAUGUCCUCACACCUGGAAAUAUAUAUAUGUAUAUUUACAUACUCACUGCCUCCGUCCUGUACAGUAGAGCAAAAUAUGUUUAUUGUUUUUAACCAUGUAUUUGUGUUUUAGCACCUUCUGCCGUAAUACUUUGUGUUGGUUUUUGUAUUUCCUAUGUUCCUGCAUUGGGUUAUGGGGCACAAAGCAUUGCCCUAUGAGUGGCGCUAAGAAAGGCUGCGGAUGGGCUUGGCAAGGGAAAGAUAUAUUGGUGUCACCAAAAGCUGCACCUACAUCUCACAACGUUCUGCCGCUAUAGAGCAAGCCGUCUCCUUGUUAGUGAUGGUGGAGAGCGGUGCUUUGUUUGCUGCAGCUCGGCAGAACUGAUCAGAGCCCUUUGUGUUCAGAGUUCUGCAUCAGGUCGGGUACCCACCAAAUGCCCACAAGUCAGAUGAGUUUCGGGCAGGAUCCCCAAUUCCCUGACUGUGGGUACCCAACUCAAAUGCAGACUCUCAUCCCCCCCAUUUCUCAUUUUCUCCCCCCUGACCUGGUUGAUCCGCCUCCGGGGUGUGCAGCAGGAACAGGAAAGGAGCCUAGUGGUUUAGUGGGCCCAGGUCGGGUUUUGGGUUAGCGCAGGCGUCCCCAACCUUUUUUACCCGUGAGCAACACCAGCAUUAAAAAAGUUCCUGGGGGAGACCAAAAAAGGCUGUAAUUGGUUAUUUUGUAGCCCCUAUGUGGAUUGGCAGAGUACAGUAGGCGCAGUUUGGUAGAACCUGUGGUCUUUAUGACUCCAAAACUUGCCUCCAAGUUAGAAAUCCAAGAAUGCAGAGCUGCUUUGAGGCCACUGGGGGAAGCAUCUAAGGGGUUGGGGAGCAACAUGUUACUCACAAGCCGGAUCUGGACCCAUGCAGAUCUCUACUUUGUGUGCCUCAGCACUACUUUCUUCAUCACUGUGCCCUUCCAAAAUUCUCACAGAUGUCCUUCAAAGCAGUGUGUCUGUUUCCCAGCUGUUAUUUGACCACAACUACCAGCAUCUCAGCCAGUUGUGACUUUACUUGUUAAUUGUAUGGAAAGCCAUUUGCUUUUGUUGCUGCUGGAUGCUGUAGUUCAGCAACACCUGGAAAGACUCUGUCUGCAGCUUAAUGUUGUCCAACAAAUGGCAUGUCGGGUAUCAGAGUGAUUAGCCUGUGGCUUAAAUAAGUGGAUUGUAUGUGGUUUAGCCAUCAAGGGGAUGGGCAAAUGCCACUGUUCCGUUUAAUGGGCCCUAUAGCUCAAACAAGGUUGCCAUACAUUAAUGCAGAUUAAUGCUGCCACUUUGGCCCAUUGAAACCAGGACGGCAGCUUAUCUGCCCGUGUAAGGGGCACACCGAUGGGCCUGCAGACCUAUCUCUGGGCAGAAAUUGGACAGAUGUUAAUCAGUCAAGUUUGAUUUUCCCAUUGGAUUGAAGACCGCAUCUGCAUGUUGAUGUGGUCCUUGAUCCAACAGACUGCAUAGCAGCAAAUAUGAUCCAGUCAUUGGCCUGAGGGCCCCAAUGAUCAGAUCAGCCUGAUACUGCCCAUCUCAAGGUGGGGAUAUAGGGGAAAGAUCUGCUUGUUUUGCAACUUUGCCAAGAAAGUAGAUCUUAGAAUAUAUGGGCAGGUUCUGUGGGCCCUUAUACUAACUCAUCUCUAGAUAACCAAAGCACCCACAAACAUAAAACUGUAUCUGGACAGACUGGCUGCAGUACAAUUGGAUAAUAGGAUGUUCAGAACUGCCUCCUACAGCCCCAUGUCUGCUCAGAAUCAGCGCUACUAUUAUAGGGCAUGGGGGGGCAGCUGCAAUCGCUGCCAUAAAGCAUCAUACUUACUGGGAACUUUAGUCACCCAGAGGGUUGCAGUUUGUCCAUCUCUAACCAUAGGGGCUUCUUUGCCUGUCUCUGUACUCCAUCUUGCUGACGGGGCCCUCUAUUGCCUUGCAGAACUAGUGGUGCUAAUAUCCUAAUCCAUGGGCUUUGGGUUAUUGCAGGGUUUUGGAACUUGUAGUUCAGCAACAGCCCGAGAGCCUUGGCUGGAAACUCUCUGUUCUAGGUCAGUUUUACUACAACAACUAAAAACUGGAAAUGUAUGAAACCUAAUAAACAAAACCUGUUUGUCAUGUGA